AUGGAAAAACUAGAUGUAGCAAUCGUUGAGGCAACUGCAAUUACAGAAAAAGGACAUAUCAUUCCUGGUGCUUCAGUUGGUGCUACUCCUGAAAUUGUCCAAUCUGCUUCUAAGAUUAUUAUAGAAGUUAAUACUGAAUUACCAAUUAUUGCGGUUAUUGAAUCGAAAGAACCUGAUCAUACAACUGAUUGCGAAUCCCAGGAUGAUACAUCUCGUCAUAUUGCCAAUCAUAUUCUUGAUUUAUUUGAACAUGAAGUCGAAAUGGGUCGUAUGCCAGCGCAACUUCUUCCUCUGCAAUCUGGUGUCGGAAAUAUUGCUAAUGCCAUAAUUGGAGGUCUAGCUGAUGGGCCUUUCUCUGAUGUUGAAGUAUGGACUGAAGUUAUUCAAGCCACAAGUGUGGCAUUUUCACCGGCUGGAUUUAAAAGAUUUUAUGAAAUGUGGGGUGAAUUAAAAGAUCGUUUAGUUCUUAGAAGUCAAAGUGUUAGUAAUUCUCCUGAAAUAAUUAGAAGGUUAGGUGUUAUUGCCAUGAAUACUCCAAUUGAGUUUGACAUAUAUGGACACGCAAACUCAACCCAUGUGUGCGGGACAAAAAUGUUAAAUGGACUUGGUGGUUCGAAUGACUUCUUAAGAAAUGCAAAGCUCAGUAUUGUACAUACACCAUCUACAAGGCCUACAAAAAAAGAUCCUAUUGAUAUUCUUGUAACUGAACAAGGACUAGCAGAUGUUCGAGGCUUAGCUCCAAUUGAGCGAGCACGUGUAAUCAUUGAUAAAUGUGCACAUCCUAAAUAUAGACCAAUUUUGAAUGAUUAUUUAAAUUUGGCAGAAAAAAAAUGUUUAAAGAUUGGUGCUGCUCAUGAACCGCAUCUAUUGGAUAAAGUAUUUAAAAUGCAUUUAAAUGUUCUAAGUGAAAAUAAUACUAUGAGAAUUGAUAGCUGGUAA